CAAACUUGUCUACUUAUAUGUGGUGUGUUGUACGAGGCGAUGGGAAUAUCCGUGUACGACGUGCUGUGGAAUAUAAACAUUACAAAAUAGUAAAAUAUAAAAGAAAAUGGAAAAUUUAAAUGUUUUUACACAUUAUUAGUAAUAAAGUAUAUAGAAAAUGUAUGCACGCGCAUAUAAAAGUGUUAAAAUGCAAGAGAUUUUGUGAACUUUGAUUUCUUGCCAUACAAUUUUCAUUGUAAAGACUUCCAUCUAACUAAAUAGCAUAAAUUAAAGUAGCUCUUUUUGUUCUUGGUGACACAAACAACCGUUAUGUGAACAAAACUAUUAUCCUCUGUGCAACAUGUUGCGUGAGUAUAAUAUAGUUCCAUCUACAUAUGAAAUUAUGAAUGAAAGAAAUACGAAAUGAUAUUACAAAGCUGGCGGCUAUUCGGAGUUUCAGUAAUUAUCAUUAUUUAUAUAUGCAGCGUAUUGUUAUUUUCUAUAAAUAGUUCACCUCGCUCAAAUCAGAAAAAUGGACGCAUCGAAAGGUUUGCUGAGUUCGCCAAUUUUCAUAACACUCGAUUUCGUGGUUUCACCUCAAAAGCUAGUAUUCGCUGGUGCAACGGCCUUAAGUAUCUCAAGACAGACCCACCCAAUUACAUGAUCACAACUGCUUCUGCACAAAGCGCCAAUAAAGUAACAACUACAGAAGAUAUUAAAGAUAACGCUAUAUAUAGAAUCACGGGUCUGACUGCCUUAGCUUCAUUUCCGGGAAGUGGCAAUACCUGGCUUCGUUACCUAUUGCAGCAAGCGACUGGGAUUUUAACGGGGAGUGUCUACAAAGAUUAUGGGUUAUUGAAGACUGGUUUUCCGGCUGAAAAUGUCCGUAAUAACUCUGUAUUGUUAGUGAAAACUCACGAAUUCGGCCCUAAAGCAUGGGAACCAUUUACUAAAGCAAUUUUACUAGUACGCGACCCUGAGAAGGCGAUAUUGGCUGAAUUUAAUAGACAAAGCGGCGGGCAUAUCGGUUUUGCGUCUCCCGACCGUUAUAAAAGAACUAAAGGAAAGUAUUGGCAGCAGUUCGUGCUUAAAAGUUUGAAAAUGUGGGAAGCGACUAAUCUAAGCUGGGCCCGUGACUUCUCAGGCAAUGUCAAAGUUGUCUUCUACGAGGAUUUGGUGGGAAAUUUAGAAGUAACUUUAAGAGGAAUUCUUAACUUUUUAGAGUUUCCCGUUAACGAGGAACUCUUAAGCUGUACUUUGAUGAGAAGAGAGGGCGUUUUCCGGAGAAAGAAGCGAUUUCUAAAUUUUGAUCCAUUUCCUAUGUCGAUGCGUUCAAUCAUAAAACAAAAAAAGAUGGAGGUGUAUAAAUAUCUUGAAAAUCUCAAAUAACGCUAGUCAAUAAAAGCGCUUCACUACAUGCAUAUACAGUAAUCACCGAUUAAGUGACCCUUUUUAACAUGCUUAAGUGCCUCGAAGUACUUACCAAGCCUUUUCUCAAACACUUCAAU